ACGGAGCAAACAGAGAAGUUCUUCAACAUGGAUGACAUUAAAUUAAUAAUUGAAGUGGAGAAGUGCAGUGAGUUGUAUGAUCCUCGGAACAUGUUGUAUAAAGACAACACCAAAAAAGACAAAUUUAGGGAUGAUGUUGCUUAAUGUUGGAGCAACAAGUAAGUAUAAGAUUUAUAUUACUGGAUCAACGGGUGAUAUUAUUAGUGCUGCCCGGCGGUUCAGCGUCGCUUCAUGUCCGAUGUGAACAGCCAAGCGCCGGCGCGAUAGGGAUUUGCGCGGCCGGCGCUGCGCUUUGGCGUCGCCUCCGCGUCCGGUGUGAACCCGGCGUAGCGGUUUCUCUCAAAAAUGCUGAUCGUGUUGUUUACUAAUGAGAAAUCAAAAGGACUUGGGACCAUGAACAGUGCUUCUUCCCCUGAGUUUGAGUUCUCCUUCAUGGAGGACGGUUUCUCUUUCCGCGAUACUGUUGAGCAGAAGAUCAAUGAAUCAUCUAGGACGGAUGAUAGAGAUGCCUUCUAUGUGUGUGACUUGGGGGAUGUGCUUAAGAAACAUCUGCGCUGGAUGAGGGCCCUGCCUCUUGUCACUCCUUUUUAUGCUGUCAAAUGCAAUGACAGUCGGGCAGUCUUAAAAACACUGGCGUCCCUGGGAACUGGAUUUGACUGUGCAAGCAAGACAGAGCUUGAGCUGGUUAUGUCUCUGGGAGUGGAUCCAAGCAGAAUUAUCUAUGCCAACGCCUGUAAGCAAAUUUCUCAUAUCAAAUAUGCAUCUGCCCAUGGGGUCCAGAUGAUGUCCUUUGAUAGCGAAGUGGAACUCAUGAAAGUGGCCUGUUUUCAUGACAAUGCCAAGCUGGUGCUGCGUAUUGCCACAGAUGACUCAAAGGCAGUGUGUCGUGUGAGUGUGAAGUUUGGGGCCCCGCUUAAAUCUUGUCGAGGUCUUCUGGAGCGGGCUAAAGAACUGGGACUGAACGUCAUUGGUGUCAGCUUCCAUGUUGGUAGUGGCUGUACUGAUUCCAAGACCUACACGGAGGCCAUCGCUGAUGCUCGCUGUGUUUUCCAUAUAGGCGAUGAGCUCGGCUUCAACAUGGAUCUCUUGGACAUUGGUGGUGGUUUCCCUGGUUGUGAUGACGGUAGACCUAAAUUUGAAGAGGAAAGAUGCUGUCUAAAUUUUAUCAAGGAUGUAAUCCACUCUGCCCUGGACAAGUAUUUCCCUGCUGACUCUGGCGUAAAGCUAAUCGCUGAGCCAGGACGCUUUUAUGUAGCUUCUGCUUUUACACUGGUUGUCAACAUCAUUGCCAAGAAGGUCAUCAUGAACUCAACCUCUGAUGAGAAAGAUGAAGGGGCCAAAGAAAAACCCAAAGACAAGACUAUGAUGUACUUUGUCAAUGAUGGAACGUUUGGAUCUUUCUUGGCUUCAGCCUUGACCUUUAUUACAAAUUUACCAACACUGUAUAAGAAGCCAAAGCCAGAUGAGAUCUUAUACCCCUGCAGUAUCUGGGGCCCAACUUGUGCUGCUCUUGAUCGCAUUGUUGAGCAGUGUUACCUGCCUGACCUGCAGGUGGGCGACUGGCUGGUCUUUGAAAACAUGGGUGCCUACACCGUGGCUGCCUCCUCCACCUUCAAUGGUUUCCAAAGACCUGGCCUUCACUAUGUCAUGUCCCGUCCUGAUUGGCAACACAUCCAGCAGAUUAGCAGGGGAUGUCAGAAGGAGUUUUACCUGUUUGGAGAAUCAGCCUAGAGAGCAGCUUAUGAUGCAAUAAGUUACAUUCCUGGCUAGUAACUCACAAGGCGGUUAACUAUUAAAAUACAUUCCCUUUUUUAUUUAAUUUUUAUUUUGUCUAAACAUGCAGCAUUCAAGAAAUUGACACAGGAUUCAUAUCUAUUUAACCAUACAUUUGAUACAUAAGAUAUGUUUUGUAGUUGAUUUAUUUUUCCUGUGGUAACUUUAAGAAGUAUUGUAUUCUUUUAAUAAAUAAAACAGUAGGUGGAGGGCCAAUUAUGUUUUGAAAAAGUAGGACCACCUCAUUUAAGUACUUAAAAGGCGCUAUCGACCUUUUGAAAGCUGUUCACAGAAUCUUUCAAUGUCAUAUUCAGUAGUUGGAGAGAGAAAUUAUUCUCUUAUCUCUUUACUACAGUUUCCCAGGGUCUAAAUAUCAGUAAGGUUCAGUGGUUUAUAACUGAAAUAGUAUGAUUAUAAUUGCUGUUGUAAAGGAUGCAUUUUGGUACAAUAAGUUAUGGUAUGUUAGUAACACCUACUGGUGUGAAAACCAAUGUUCCUUCAAAACAAACUGAACAAUUAUUGUCUUGAACUGCUCUCUCUGUGUACGUUAUUGACUUUGCAAUAUCCAAGUCAGUAACAGUAUCGUAAUGGAAGAUAGUGUCAGGUGUAGUCAGUGUAGGUGAUGAUGAAAGCCUUUCCCUAGCCCAAGUGGUAUACCAUUAAAUUAAAAAAGGGUGCAGUGAGAGAUAAUUUCCUGAAGCAAAGAUCCGAAACAUCUAAAUGGCUAACAUGCAUUAUGAGUCAGUGCAAUAUAUUUUCAAGUGUCCAAAUUGUAUGAUCGUCUGUUUGAAGUAAAACAAACUGAUUCAAUAGUAUGUAGUCAACAACGUUUAUUAUCAAUUUCCACAUUGAACUGGAAGGUACUCUAUAAAAUAAGUGUUAUUUUCUGGUUUCAAGUAAAAAUAAGGUUUGCAUUAAUAAUAAAAUAAAGAGCUUUUGAAAAAGG